AUGCAGUUUCGACAACCGCCGCGAAGUAUGCUAUGGAAAAUUGCAUUUCUAAUUAUCGCAUUAGUCGGCGACGUGUCGUGCAUAAGAAAUGGCGCCGGAAAUGACGAGCAGAAACACAUUUCCGCAAAGCUGAAAAACUUUUUUCCCUCGGAGCCGCUGCUUGACGUGAGCCCCAAAGCAGAGCAGAUAGCCGCCCAGACGUCCGCACGGGUCACAAAUGGCGGAUUUCGCCCCUCACAGAUGCUAGAGUUCACGCCCUCAGAUGUGAUGAACGCUGCCGGGCAACGCUUUCCGCCCAGCUACCUGGAGCCCAACUAUAAGCAUCCAUUGCCCAGCUCCUUGGCCAGCCUCCAUUCGCAGCACUCGGCCACGGACAAAGUGUUCUCCUUUCCGCAGGAGUCUCGGCCGCAGCUACAGACAGCGUUCCACAACUACGAGAACUCACAGAUACCCACCACGCCUGUGGUCAGCUAUUUGGAUCCCUUUACGCAGCAAAACUAUCAAUAUACGCCCACGCCCACGACAGCUACCACGCCCACCUACAUACAGUAUCAGCGCGAGCGUCCCGAGCAGCACGGGGACCAGGCCUAUACGGUGCAAUCGUCGCUGCUCGUCGGCAGCCAGUCGCCACAGCAUGCGUCGCGUCCCAGCGUGGCGGACGAGGUCUACUUGAAGCGACCCGGCUACGUCUUCGACGAGAGCCCCUCGACGCUCUAUCGUCGACCUGUGACGACGCCCACGGCUGCCACAUCGAAUAAAAUUUCAUACGACUCGCACGAUUACCCACCGCCCAGCUAUGCCGCCCAGCAGACGUCCAAUUUCGUGUCGCAGCCAACGCAGCGACCCCGCGAGGACCCACGACCGCCCUACAAUCGCCAAGACGUCAAUGAGAAUCGCCCAUCGAUACAUGGACCACAAUACUCGCCAUCGUCGUCGUCUAAUUAUGCAAACAACUUUGGUAAUUAUUUGCAGCGACCGCCCAGCUACUCCAGCCACUCGCAGUCGCGGCCGCAGUCGGAAUACCCCACGCACUAUCAAUACGAGCCGCUGCCUCAGCAACAGCAGCGACCGGGCCACAAUUACUACGAGUAUCAAAUUGGCGAGAUACCGCCACAGCAGCGACCACCCCAGCUCAACUAUCAUCCAGGCCCAGCGCCGGGCUAUCGGCCACCCUACCAGCAACAGCAGCAGCAGCCAGCGGGUGGCGGCUUCUCCACUUUGGCAACGUUGCUAAGCACUACACAGCAAUAUGCGCCACAAUUUACAAAUCUGCUAUUGGGCGGUGUCGGUGGUGGUGGUAGCUCCUCCUUGUCUGGUGGCAGCCCAUUAGGCAGUCUCUUAGGCGCCUUCGCUGGCGCGCAAGGUGCGGGGCAGCAGAGUCGACCGCCCAACACACAGCUCAUUAGAGCCCUGGAGAACAUCGCACGCAACGACGAUUUGCAGUGUGUGCCCAAGGUGCUCUGCCAAAUGAUUGCCGGUCAAACGCAACGUGGCCAGCUGCCAGGCUUCAUUACGUCUCCGGCCAUAACCAACUUUCUGGCUGGCUUCCCGGUUGCCUCACCUGCGCUCAUUUACGGACGCGCUGCGCUGCUCGGCAUUAGCGGAGGCACGCGUAGUUGCGUUCAGACCUAUGAGAAAUGCCCUAAGAAUGAGAUGGAAAUCAUUCACUAUCUGAACAAUCAUCGCGGCGGCUUUUUUAAGUUCUUCAGCGAGCCGGAAGAGCAACCAGCUGUGGCACAACAAAGCGAAUCGAGCGGCGGCUCAUUGUUCAGCAUCCUCUCGGCGCUAACAAACGGCGGUCAGAGCCAGGGGCAGGUGACGCGCACUACGCCUCGGCCAGUGGCGAGACCCACACAAAGACCCAGCACGGACAUUGCCGAUGGCAUCGGCAGCUUCUUUACCCGCGUGCUGUCCGAGUACAUGAGCGGCGUGGAGUAUCAGAGGCGUCGCCGCAGAAGAAGGAGUCUGUUGCCAACGGAAAUUAAACGCAACAUUCAGACGGAUAAUGGCCGCUUGAUGCCCGUUGAUUUUCAUGAUGAAGAAGAUGGCUUAGACACUCAGACGCCAGUCAAGUUUCAAGACGAUGAGGAGGCGGAGGCGGCAAAGGCACACACCGAACUGAUAGGUGUGCUGCAAUUUCCCGAAGAACAAGGUGAGGGCGAGGGUCGCAUACUGCACUUCAAAAACAUAGAAAGCGAUGAGCAUCAAGGGCAUGACAGCGGAGCUGUGAGAUUUCCGGAUGCAACGCCGGAAGCACAGCACGACAGCCAGCGAAAAAUUAUCUACGAAUUCAAUCGUAAUGCAGCUCAGCGAAAAUUGAGAUUUCCCCAAGACCAAAGCGAAGGUGAGCGCCAAGCCAAAACUCUGCAGCUGGCCGAGGGUUGGGCAGCUGUGCUGCCCAAUGGUCUCGGCGAGGAAGACUACGGCAAGGAAAAGAGACGUGGCAAGCGCAUUGUUUUUAAGGACACCAACGAGGAGCCCGAGGACUUGGAGGAGCGAUUCAGAGAAGAGCAAUCGAGAAGGCAGGAAGAGGAGGAAGAGCGUUUGCGGGAGCAACAAUUGAGAGAAGAGCAAUUCAGAGAGCAGCAGCUGCGAGAGGAUCGACAAAUCGAGACACAUGCACCACCAAAUGCCGUCUACGAGAAUGCAGCACCACCUCAACGUGGUGCCCGCGUCCUGUUUCCCGAUCAUUACGAACAGCACAUACGCAGAGGCAAGAUACUCAAUCGACCCACCUACGCGCCCAGCUACGAGUACAAUAACCAAGUCGAAGAGAAGGAGCAGCGUUUGGUGGUCAGCGAUGAGCAUAGACCCAGCAGCCACUAUCGGCUAGAGACGACGCAGAGUUUCAUGAACUAUGGCGAAUACCUGCCAGGAAAUACCGUGAGAUUCGACGAGUUGGGUGAAGCACAGUACAACUAUCCCAAUGCGAACUAUAUAAGCCACAAUCGAUAUAGCAGCAGCUAUCAGGCUACCUCCACGAGAAGCCCCAAGCAUGAGGAUAAUAAGAACAUCUAUGUGACCAACUCGCAGGGGGUAACGGAGUACUACAUAAGGCCGGACGGACGAAAGGUCUAUCUGGCGAGCGGAUAGCUUUGUAGAGUGUAAAUAUAGAAAGAGUUGC